GGCACCACCGAGGUGGCCCCAAGCAGCUCCUCCGGCAGCCGGGGUGGGUGGCAGAGGGGACACCGAGUCCAGCAGCCACCUCCUGGGAUGGAGCCAGGGAUGCCGUGGGGAGCCCGUCUCCUAAAAAACACCCUCGGAUCAGCUCUCCUUACUGUGUUUUUCCCCCUUUUUUUUGGACUUUGCAGACAGCAGCCGGCUGCUGGGGGGCCAGCGGCCGGGGUAUGGGACGCUGCAGCCGGACGCCGAUAAAUCCCGCAUGGAGGUGACGGGCUACCAGACCAAGACGUGGCGGGUGGCCCUGUGCCACGCGUGCUCCGUGCUGACGGCGGGGCUGCUUCUCCUCCUCUUCCACUGGAAGCCCAGCCUGGAGGUGCAGGCCAAGUGCCAACCCUGCGCCCUGGGCCAGGCCGACUGGGUCAUCAUCAGAGACCGAUUUGGCCAGUGCUUCACCACCCGCGUGCGGACGGAGGCGCUGGGCGAGGGGAGCCUGGAGCACCACCCCGGGGCCCGGCUGGAGGACCGGAGGACCAGCAUCGCCAUCGGCGUGGCGGAUGAGGAGGAGAACCGGGACACCAUCCGCCUCCACGAGAAGGAAGAGAAGAACAUCUUGAGGUACUACCUCUUCGAGGGCAUGCGCUACGUCUGGAUCGAGCGGCGGCAGGCCUACUGCAAAGUCAGCGUCUUGGAUGAAGGCUGGACCUGCGCAGAUCUCCACCUCGCCCAGGCUGGGCUCCACCAGCAAGACCACAACACCAGAAGGAAGAUCUACGGACCCAACCUCAUCGAGGUGCCCGUCAAGUCCUACGCGCGGCUGUUGGUGGAGGAGGUGCUCAAUCCCUUCUACAUCUUCCAAGUGUUCAGCAUCGUGCUGUGGGUCUGCGAUGCCUAUUACUACUACGCCGCCUGCAUCUUCCUCAUCUCCACCAUCUCCUUAGGGCUGUCCCUCUACGAGACAAGGAAGCAAACUGCCACGCUGCAGAACAUGGCCAAGAUGUCAGUCGGUGUCCGAGUCCAUCGCCCCAGCGGAGAGGAGAUGGUGGUGAGCUCAGCAGACCUGGUGCCGGGCGACUGCAUCAGCCUCCCCGCCGACGGGAUGCUGGUCCCUUGCGACGCGGCGCUGCUGACGGGCGAGUGCAUGGUCAACGAGAGCAUGCUGACGGGGGAGAGCGUGCCGGUGAUGAAAACCCCUCUCCCGGGUGGCAACCAGGCAGCUGGCACCCUCUAUUCCCCCGAGGAGCACCGGAGACACACGCUGUUCUGUGGGACCCAGGUCAUCCAAGCCAAGUCCUACGUGGGCAGAGAAGUCCUGGCCGUGGUGACCCGCACAGGUGAUGGAUUGAGCCCCGUCCUUGUCUUGCAGGACCGAUUUGGCCAGUGCUUCACCACCCGCGUGCGGACGGAGGCGCUGGGCGAGGGGAGCCUGGAGCACCACCCCGGGGCCCGGCUGGAGGACCGGAGGACCAGCAUCGCCAUCGGCGUGGCGGAUGAGGAGGAGAACCGGGACACCAUCCGCCUCCACGAGAAGGAAGAGAAGAACAUCUUGAGGUACUACCUCUUCGAGGGCAUGCGCUACGUCUGGAUCGAGCGGCGGCAGGCCUACUGCAAAGUCAGCGUCUUGGAUGAAGGCUGGACCUGCGCAGAUCUCCACCUCGCCCAGGCUGGGCUCCACCAGCAAGACCACAACACCAGAAGGAAGAUCUACGGACCCAACCUCAUCGAGGUGCCCGUCAAGUCCUACGCGCGGCUGUUGGUGGAGGAGGUGCUCAAUCCCUUCUACAUCUUCCAAGUGUUCAGCAUCGUGCUGUGGGUCUGCGACGCCUAUUACUACUAUGCCGCCUGCAUCUUCCUCAUCUCCACCAUCUCCUUAGGGCUGUCCCUCUACGAGACGAGGAAGCAAACCGCCACGCUGCAGAACAUGGCCAAGAUGUCGGUCGGUGUCCGAGUCCAUCGCCCCAGCGGAGAGGAGAUGGUGGUGAGCUCAGCAGACCUGGUGCCGGGCGACUGCAUCAGCCUCCCCGCCGACGGGAUGCUGGUCCCUUGCGACGCGGCGCUGCUGACGGGCGAGUGCAUGGUCAACGAGAGCAUGCUGACGGGGGAGAGCGUGCCGGUGAUGAAAACCCCUCUCCCGGGUGGCAACCAGGCAGCUGGCACCCUCUAUUCCCCCGAGGAGCACCGGAGACACACGCUGUUCUGUGGGACCCAGGUCAUCCAAGCCAAGUCCUACGUGGGCAGAGAAGUCCUGGCCGUGGUGACCCGCACAGGGUUUUGCACGGCCAAAGGGGAUCUCAUCAGCUCCAUCCUCUACCCCAAACCCGUCAGCUUCAAGUUCUACAAGGACGCUGUGAAGUUCGUCCUGUUCCUCGCUGUCCUGGCUUUUAUCGGCACCAUCUACAGCAUCCUCAUCUUGGUCAAAAACCAGGUCCCCGUGGGGCAAAUCAUCAUCCGUGCCCUGGACCUCGUCACCGUCAUCGUGCCCCCGGCUCUGCCGGCUGCCAUGACAGUGGGCACCAUCUACGCCCAGAACAGGCUGAAGAAACAGGGCAUCUUCUGCAUCAGCCCCCCCAGGAUCAACCUCUGCGGGAAGAUCCGCCUGGUUUGCUUCGACAAGACGGGAACCCUGACGGAGGAAGGUCUGGAUGUCUGGGGGGUGGUCCCACUGGAGGACAACCACUUCAUGCCCAUCGUCCACGAGCCCCGUUGCCUUCCGGCCGGUCCUUUGCUCUACUCACUGGCCUCCUGCCACACCGUCUCGCUGCUGCGGGCGCAGCCCAUCGGGGACCCCGUGGACCUCAAGAUGGUGGAAUCCACCGGCUGGCGCCUGGAGAUGAUGGAGGAGGAGGAAGGAGAGCUGCCCGCCUUCCAGGAGUUUGGGACCAAGGUCUUGGCUGUGAUGAAACCCCCUCCUGAGGAAGAACAGCCACGAGACAGGAAGCACCAGUCGCCCCUGGGGAUCCUCCGGCGUUUCCCCUUCUCCUCCUCCUUGCAGAGGAUGAGUGUCCUGGUGAAGAUGCCCGGAGAAGUCUCAGCCCAUGGCUACGUCAAGGGUGCCCCGGAGAUGGUGGCCAGUCUUUGCAGGAAGGAAACUGUGCCCCUGGAUUUCUCCCAGAUGCUGCGACACUACACCACGGAUGGCUUCCGCGUCUUGGGUCUGGCUUGCAAAGCCCUGAGCACCGUGUCCACCUUCGAGGAGGCCCUCCAGCUCCCGAGGGACUCCCUGGAGAGCAGCCUGACCUUCCUGGGGUUCCUCGUCAUGAAAAAUGUCCUCAAGCCGGAGUCGGCGCCGGUGAUUCACCUCCUGAGGAACGCCAACAUCCGCCCCAUCAUGGUGACAGGGGACAACAUGCUGACGGCCGUCAACGUGGCCCGGAGCUGCCGCAUGGUGGAGCCGAAGGAGCGGGUGAUCUUCGUCAACGCCUCCCCCCCCAGCCACGACAAACCCGCCGCCCUCAAAUUCAUCCUGGCCGAGCACUCCCAGGGCGAGGAGCCGCCGGAGGCUCCGUGCCAGCGGGACGGCUGCUUCCUCCAGCCCCACUUCGCCCUGAACGGCAAAUCCUUCGCCGUGGUUUGCGAGCACUUCGCCGACCUCCUGCCCAAGAUCCUCAUCCGAGCCACUGUGUUCGCCCGCAUGUCCCCGGAGCAGAAGACUCAGCUGGUGGGCAGCCUGCAAGAACUCAACUACUGCGUGGGGAUGUGUGGGGACGGGGCCAACGACUGUGGGGCUCUGAAGGCGGCCGACGUGGGCAUCUCGCUGUCGGAGGCGGAGGCGUCGGUGGCCUCUCCCUUCACCUCCCGCGUGGCCAACAUCGAGUGCGUGCCCACCGUCAUCCGGGAGGGCAGGUGCUCCCUGGUCACCUCCUUUGGCGUCUUUAAGUACAUGGCCCUGUACAGCCUGGUGCAGUUUGUGUCCGUCCUCCUGCUCUACACGAUCAACACCAACCUGAGCGAUUUCCAGUUCCUCUUCUUCGACCUGAUCAUCACCACCACCGUGGCCGUGCUGAUGGGUCGCACCGGUCCUGCCCAGGAGCUGGGAGUGGAACGUCCCCAGGGGGCCUUGAUCAGCGUCCUGGUGCUGGGCAGCCUGCUCCUCCAGACAGCUCUGCUCAUCACUGUGCAGGUCCUCAGCUACUUCAUCACCGUCUCGCAGAGCUGGUACGUGCCACUGAACAGCACGGUGACAGCUCCCCAAAACCUGCCCAACUAUGAGAACACAGUCCUCUUCUGUGUCACGGGCUUCCAGUACCUCAUCCUGGCCGUCGCCAUGUCCAAGGGGUACCCGUUUCGGGAGCCGCUCUACACCAACGUGCUCUUCUUGGUAGUCCUCAUCCUCCUUUUUGGCCUCAUGAUAUGGUUGACCCUCUACCCUGUGGGCUUCCCCAAGAGCUUGCUGAAGCUGCAGGGCAUCGACGACUUGAGUUUCAAGCUGCUGCUGCUGGGGAUCGCUGCCCUCAACUUCUUUGCUGCCUUUGUGCUGGAGACCGCCCUGGACCAUGGCUUGCUCAGCUGCCUCCGCAGGCUGCGCCGAAAGAAAGCCUCCAAGAAGCUUUUCAAGAGGCUGGAGAAGGAGCUGAGCCAACAGCAGCCAUCCUGGCCGCCCCUUAACGAACCACUCUUCGCUACGCCCAAGAUGUCCAUCGCCGUGAGAUAGCACACGCCGGGCUUCUCCCCCACCCCCCAGCCUGCCAGCCCUUAAAUACUGUCCUUUAUUUAUUUAUCCUGGUUAAAUGGAGGGAUGCCACGGGCAGCAGGGCUCGUCCUCCCCGUGGGGAGACCCACGGCAUCUCAGCUGUGAAUCCACCCGUGCCAGCCCCACAGCCCAGAGGAGGGGAUGCUGGAGAAGCAAACUGGGGGAGAGAAGGUCCAGAAGAAGAGGAGAAAUGGUCCAGCCCUUCCUCCAGGACCUCUCCCGUGCUGGCUUCGGAUCCCUCUUCCCCACACUGGGCACCAGUACUGUUUCCUCUCCUUGGCUGGUCCAAACCACCAAGAAGAGGGUCCCUGAUCAUCUCAGGGUGAGGGCAAACCCCCCCUUCACCCCCCUAAGCCUCGUGUUUCUGCUCACUGUGAAAAAAACCACCCCCCCUGCACCCACCCUAGAUGUGUAGGGACUGUUUACAAACCACCCCGUCCCCAAGGAUGCUCCUCAGUCCCCAAAAUCCCCCUGGGGGAUCAGCCACGGGCAUCUUUUCCACUUGUGAUGCUCCCUCAGAGCAUCUCUGCUUCUGGACGGGACCUUGUAGCAUUGAAAAACAAAACAAAACAAAACAAAACACACAAAAAAAGACCAACAAAACUCCCCCACCCAAAUCUCUUUAUUUUUUAACUCCACUCCAGCGCAUCGAGGUGUAAGUGAAUGACGUACGGCCUUGGGUUCCCGUACGGUGCUGUCGUGAGCCUUGUCUAAUAAA